AUGCCUUCUAACAUAAUCUUGCAGCUCCUUGGAAUCGGGGUAUUAACAACCCUCUGGUUGUUUUCCCGCCGUCGCUCUCGCGCUGCUACCUUCGAUAAUCUCCGAGGACCACCAGCUGCAUCGUGGCUAUCCGGCUCCUUGGACAAGCUGGUAAACAAGAGAGCUUGGGACCAUCGCGAAAUAUCCGAGGCUUACGGUGGUGUUGCCCGUGUCAAAGAAUUGUUUGGCCGCGAUGGCCUAUACAUCUACGAUCCGAAAGCACUGCACCACAUCCUUGUCAAGGAUCAAUACACCUACGAGGAGACCGAUGCUUUCAUCACGAACAACAGGAUCAUCUUUGGGGAAGGCCUCCUUACGACGCUCGGUGGGCGAGAAGCAUCGGCAUCAGAGGAAGAUGCUCAACCCAGUCUUUUCGAUCGCACAUCUGCGCAAGAUGGUUUCUAUCUUCGGGCUGCCAGACUGAUACCCACUUCUCAGCUUCGUGACGCUCUCGUGAAGAUGAUGGCCUCCGGACCUAAGGAGAUCAAUAUACUCGGAUGGAACACUCGUCGUGCUUUAGAGCUCAUUGGCCAGAGUGAUUUAGGAUGGGCAUUCGACUCGAUGGAGGAGAACAGCACACUGCACCCAUACGCUGUGGCCGUCAAGCAAUUUGUUCCUUUGUCAGGCAACUCUCCGGCCAUUUCCCUCCAUAACCUUCAUGAUGUCAUUGACACACUCCACAAAACAUCUGUCGAAAUUAUCCAGGCCAAGAGGAAGGCUCUUCAAGAAGGAGACACUGCUCUUGAAGCACAGAUUGGACGAGGAAAGGACAUCAUCAGCAUCUUGAUGAAGGCCAACUUGGAAGCAUCAGAUGAAGACAAGUUGUCUGAUGCUGAGCUUGAGGGCCAAGUGAUGACAUUCAUGUUCGCUGCCACAGACACCACAUCUGGAGCUCUGACACACAUUCUUCACCUCCUCGCCACCUACAAGGAAUACCAGACCAAGCUCAGAGAAGAGAUACGAAAUGCUCGGAAGGAGAAUGGAGGUCAGGACAUAGGGUAUGAUGCCUUGUCUACUUUGCCUUUCUUGGAUGCAAUCUGUUGA